UUUUGGUUAGCUUGACGUUGGAGUGCAGGCAGGGGGAGGCUGCUGCUGCUGCUGGUUUCAGGGAUAUAAAAACAUGGACAGCCAAGGAAGGAAAGUCGUGGUUUGUGACAACGGAACCGGGUUUGUCAAGUGCGGCUAUGCAGGCUCCAACUUCCCCGAACACAUUUUCCCAGCGCUGGUUGGCCGGCCAAUCAUCCGCUCCACAGCUAAAGUUGGAAACAUUGAAAUCAAGGACCUGAUGGUGGGGGACGAGGCCAGCGAACUGCGCUCCAUGCUGGAGGUGAACUACCCGAUGGAGAACGGUAUCGUCAGGAACUGGGACGACAUGAAGCACCUGUGGGAUUACACCUUCGGCCCCCAGAAACUCAACAUCGACUCGCGCAACUGCAAGAUCCUACUGACCGAACCGCCCAUGAACCCAACCAAGAACAGAGAAAAGAUCAUUGAGGUGAUGUUUGAAACGUACCAGUUCUCUGGAGUUUAUAUCGCCAUCCAGGCCGUCCUCACUCUCUACGCUCAAGGACUGCUGACUGGAGUGGUGGUCGACUCCGGCGACGGCGUCACCCACAUCUGUCCAGUGUACGAAGGUUUCUCCCUGCCGCACCUGACCCGACGCCUCGACAUCGCAGGAAGGGACAUCACACGCUACCUCAUCAAGCUGCUGCUGCUGCGAGGCUACGCCUUCAACCACUCGGCUGACUUCGAGACGGUGAGGAUGAUGAAGGAGAAGCUUUGCUACGUCGGUUACAACAUCGAGCAGGAGCAGAAGCUGGCGCUGGAGACGACGGUGCUGGUGGAGUCGUACACGCUUCCGGACGGCAGAGUGAUCAAGGUUGGAGGAGAGAGGUUCGAAGCCCCCGAGGCUCUGUUUCAACCUCACCUCAUCAAUGUGGAGGGGGUGGGCGUGGCCGAGCUGCUCUUCAACACCAUCCAGGCCGCAGAUAUCGACACCAGAGCUGAGUUCUACAAGCACAUCGUCCUGUCUGGAGGCUCCACCAUGUAUCCCGGCCUGCCGUCCCGGUUGGAGCGCGAGCUGAAGCAGCUUUACCUGGAGCGAGUGCUGAAGGGAGACGUGGACAAGCUAUCAAAAUUCAAGAUCAGGAUAGAGGACCCCCCUCGGCGUAAACACAUGGUGUUCCUGGGCGGCGCCGUGCUUGCCGACAUCAUGAAGGACAAGGACAACUUCUGGAUGACGCGGGAGGAGUACCAGGAGAAAGGAACAAGAGUGCUGGAGAAGCUGGGCGUCACCGUCAGAUAAAACACACACACACAAAGAAACACUUCCCAGUCCUCCCCAAUGUACCUCCAUCUACUCCAUCACCUGACAUCCAUUGCGUCACUCACCUUGAUGUGUCUGGACGGACACACUGUGUCUUUGAUUCACACACAUUUUGAAAAGAAAAGAGGGAGGGAGAGAAGGAGGGAGGGAGGGUGGGAAGGGAAAAGAGGGAUGAAGGAUGUGGAGUUUGGGGUAAGAAGUCUCCUGUGAAGGCAGGAAAUUACUAGAGAGCUCUUAAAUAUUUGCCCACAACAGAAAAGAGAAUUAUGUUCUGAGAUGAAUGAGGUAGAGCUGUAAAAUACAGCAUUUAAAGGAAUAGUUUGACAUUUUGGCAAAUGCUUGUUUGCUUUCUUGCUAAGAGUUAGCUGAGAGGAUUGAUA